AUGCGUAACAAACUUAUAUAUCUAUGUAACGCCGGGUAUGUUCUGGAUGGCCCGAACACUAGAACAUGUAAGGACAGUGGAGAAUGGUCCGGAAAAGAACCGGAAUGUUUCAGAAACGAAUGUCCCAUGCCUCCACCUUUACAAAAUGGGCGUUACUAUGUCUGGAAUUAUUCACGAGGCAUAAAUAUAAUUUACACAUGUAACGAAGGGUACGAACUAAUCGGAAGAGAUGUUCGUUUUUGUUUGGGGACAUAUGAGUGGUCAGGUAGUGAUCCAUACUGUCAGAAAGUUAAAUGUGACAAUCCACCGCCUAUUGAUAAUGGGUUCUUCCGUGGGAAUGAUUUCUUUUAUGAAGACAUAAUUGAAUAUCAUUGUAACACAGGCUUUGAAAUUGUGGGACAAGCACAACGUAAGUGCCUCUCUAAUGGUAAAUGGGGAGGUGAUGAUGCGACUUGUAUCCAAAUAACCUGUGGUCUCCCACCUGUUAAGCGCAAUGUUGUAUACGACAUACCAGGCGGGGAAAAAGAAGGAAGUUUCGAAGUAACAGCCUCGUUAUCAUGUGAGGAAGGUUAUCGUGGUAUUGGUGUGAGUUCUCAACGGUGCCAAGCUAAUGGCCAAUGGUCAGAAUCUAAUUUUGUCUGUGAAAUUGUCACAUGUCCUGCAUUUCCGGAUGUUCGUUAUGGCAGAGCUAUAGGAAAUGGGUUUCAUUUUGGAAAUGAACUUGAAAUCCAGUGCAACGAAGGAUUUUACUUAGUAGGAAAAGCAAGACCAAGGUGCGGCCCUAAUGGCGACUGGGAUUAUGAAAGUGAGCCGCCACACUGUGUGAUAUCCGGGUGUCCUGACUUACCUAAAAUAACAAAUGGAUUGGCCAGUGAAACAGGGUCAGGAGUUGGAUCAAUUGUGACGUACAGAUGUAAUGACGGCUAUAGACUUCAAGGGCCGGGCCAAAGGACAUGCGAGAAAGAUGGCUCAUGGAGUGGCUCUGAUCCCUAUUGUAGAUUGAUUUUAUGUGCAGUGCCACCGUUUGUUGAGCAUGCAAUUCCUUUUAAUGCCCUAACACAAUAUUUAUUGAAUUCUAAAGCACGUUACGUUUGUGAAACUGGAUAUGAAUUGUCGGCUGGAGACAGUUCAUUAACGUGUUCCGCAUCUGGUACAUGGGAAGGUUUUAUACCGACAUGCUCGUUGGUGCAAUGCGGGGAACCAAUGAAAGUCCCAAACAGCAAAGUUUCUGUUGCGUCGUACAAUUUUAAAGGCGAGGCUCAGUAUUUGUGUGACCUUGGAUACAGAGUAAAAGGUUCAUCAAUAAUAACUUGUGAAAAGAAUGGAAACUGGCUUGAAGCGACACCUGAAUGUGUACCGGUAGAUUGCGGUCCGCCACCGUAUGUUCCAAAAUCUAUUAAAAUUGAUUCAAAAAAUUACACAUUCAAAAGUGUUAUUCAAUACACUUGUGAUGUAGGCUUUACACUUAUCGGCCAAGGGACGACUUCAUGCCAAGCUACUGGUGUAUGGUCGGGCAAAACUCCCGUCUGUGAGCCAAUUUCAUGCGGGACUCCGCCAUCUAUUGACAAUGCUUUUUACAUCGGUUAUUACUAUUUCUAUAAAUCGACCGUAACAUACGAAUGUUUUACAAAUUUUGAACUCUCCGGAAAUCCAACGCUGACUUGUUCAUACAACGGGACAUGGACAGGCGAUAGACCGGAAUGUCAUGCUGUGACAUGCGGUCCACCACCAGUGUUUCCCCAUUCUUCCACAAGUAUGCCAAUGGGAGCCUAUGUCAAUAGGGAAGUUACGUUCAUGUGUAAUGACGGAUUUUACUUAACCGGAAGUGCAACAGCAAGGUGUAUGGCAAAUAAGCAAUGGCAGUAUGAUGAAGACGAGACAGCAUGCUUACGUCGUAAUUGCUACGAUCCCCCAAAAAUGCAAAACGGCGGCCGGAAAUUUGUCGGAACAUUGUACGAAUCGACAGCGGAUUAUUUCUGUGACGAAGGUUACACAUUAUCUGGACAGAGUUCUUUAGUUUGUGGCAUCUCAGGGCAUUGGGAAGGAAAGCUUCCUACAUGCGAGUUAGUACAUUGUGGUGCACCACCAUUUGGCAACCACGUGGUAGUCAGUGGAGACAGUUUCACAUAUCAAAGUGCAGUUACAUAUAUGUGCGAGAAAGGGUACGAAGCAAAAUGUCGCUUUGUCUCGGAGUGUACAUCAUCCGGGAGAUGGUCUAACCAGCCGCCACAGUGUGAAC